AUGGCCUGCCACCUGAGAUCCGCGAGUGUGCCCUCAAGCCCUCGCUCCAACAAAACCAACGUGGAGGAACAGCUCCAGAGCCUGAAGGCGACCAUCUCUUCAACCUCCACGACAGUCCAAACCAUCGUUGGUGGCCUGUCCAGGCUUGGGAGCAUCUGCAGCUGCAUUGACGAGCUCGCAUGCUUGCCCAGCACCAGCAGCCAACGCCAGAAGAGGAAAGCAGUGGAGGAGGAGCUCGAGCGCUCUCUUGUUCUGCUCGACUUCUGCAGGGCCAUGCAAGAAAGCUUGGCCGAGCUCAGGGUGAUCUCCCAGGAGAUGCUACUGGGUCUGAAGAGAGGAGACGAUGUGGCUGUCCAGGCCAAGGCUCAGGCUUACGCCCGCUUGGCCAAGAAGGCGCAGAAGCAGUUGAAGAAGACCAGCAGCAAGGUUGCCCUUGAUGACACCGAAAGCCGCAGGGUGGUCAAGCUGUUGUCUGAAGCGAGAGAGGUCGCUCUGUCGAUGCUGGAAUCGGCGUUGUAUCUCCUGUCAAGGGAGAUCGUGACGCCGAGCGCCACCAAGUGGUCUCUUGUCUCCAAGGCAUUCCAGAAGAAAAGAGUCGCGUGCAGGGAGGAGCAAUUGCAAGCGUUGGAGUCGGAGAUUGUUGACCUUGAGAGCGAGGUUCAGGUUGUCUUCAGGAGACUGAUCCAAUGCAGGGUCUCUCUUCUGAAUGCUCUUAGCCUGUAG